AGCAAGUCCUGAGCACAAAAAGUCCCAGCAAAGCAGCAGCAAUGUGGAUAAACAGCAGCAGAAGAAGAAAGCAAACCCAUCUUCCUGUCUGAUUGGUUGAAUUUCACGGAGGGGCGAGCAAGAUGGCAGCGUGAAGAGGAGUUUUUGUUUGAGUUCUCAGCACGAGACACUUAUUUGACGUCUUUCUGGCCUUCGGGACUUUUUUGGAGAUCAGCGCGCUAAACUUGCUGGAUCUGAGGCCAGGGUCUGCGGCGGCAGCAUGUUGAAAUGCUCAAAAGGACUGAGUGACUCGGGCAAGCCACAUGCGGCUAGCGACAUGAAAGAAAUGGACCCUUCAUGAUGCGUUCAACGUGCCAGCGCUGUGGUGGGAAAGGCUCCAUCAUAAACACGCCCUGCACCGAGGUUCAGGCCAAGAAGAAGAAGACGAUGACUUCCAAGCCCAAGAAGGUCAGCCUCAGCGUGGGCGAGCUGAUUGUGAAAGCCGUGGCCGCUUCCAAGGAGCGCAACGGCCUGUCCGUGGCCGCCCUCAAGAAGGCUCUGGCUGCCGGAGGCUACGAUGUGGACAAGAACAAGGCCCGUGUCAAGACCGCCAUCAAGAGUCUGGUGGCGAAGGGCACUCUGGUGCAGACCAAGGGCACCGGGGCCUCCGGAUCCUUCAAGAUGAACAGGGUUACUGAGACCAAAGCUAAGACGCCCGCCGCGGCCAAAGCCAAGAAACCGGCAGCAGCUGCUAAGAAGUCGCUCAAGAAGGCAGCGGCAGCACUUCAGACACUAGCACAAAAUCAACCGCAUCAGAGGAGGGACAGGACAAAGCUGAAGGAGAAACUGCCUGCUAUUGGACUGUUGAAGUGGGAGAGGACAACAGAGUGAGAAGACUA